AUUAUGACGGGGCAGGAUUUGAUACCGGAACCGCCGCGCGGGGGGGCCGAGUUUCCAGCCGGCACCUUCCCUCCCGCGGCCUAUUUCCGGUAAGGGCAAAAAGAGAGAGAAAAACACACUAAAGAGAGGUGGGGAAGGAGAAAAGCGAAGGACCCGAAUGCAACUUCCGCGCUUCUCAGCAGCCUCCCCUCAUUUCGCCGCCCGGCGAGGGCGGAUUGGUCGCCGGGGAGCGUCACGUGGGGGCGAGGCGGCCCCGCCCCCCGGACACUCCGCCUCCGGGCAGCGCCGGCCCCGCCUCCCGGCUGUUUCGUGUGUAUUAUCAUUAUUAUUAUCGCUAUUAUUAUUAUCGUCACUAUUCCUCUCUGUCUCUCUCCUCAUUUCCUCUCCCCCCUCCCCCUCCCUCUCCCCAAAAUAACGGCCAACCGCCUCAACAUCCGGGUACCGGCAGGGAGCUCUUCCUGUCUCCUGGAGCCUCUGUAGGGGAGGCAGAGGAAGGAAGGAGGGUUGGUUGGGGGCAAAGGAAAAGGCCCCCCCCCAGACUGGGAGAAAGGCGGUGUGCGUGUGUGUGUGUAUACACACCUCUAUCUCUACAAUAUUGCAUAUAUUGCGUGUGGCAUCCAGACUUAUUAUUUUUUAAAAAUCAGGCUUUUGUUGCUAGUCCCCCCACCCCCCAAAAUUCCUCCACUAUGGAGUCCAAGACCCCCCUCUGACAGCUGGGGGCCCAGCCCCCCAACCUCCUUCCCCUCUCCAAAAGGUGGGUAUUGAUUCUUUAAUUCUUUCUCUCUCUCCAUUCCCCACCCCCCACUUCCUCACCUCAACAAGUUCUUCUGAGAUUAGGGGGGGUUCCCCUCCCCACAGCCCUGCGAUUUAUAGGGGGGUAGGGUUGGUCGGUUAUUGGGUUGUUUUCAUUGCACUUUUGGCGUUCUCGUUUUGCAUGUCGCGGGCGAAGGGCGGCGUGCAGUUUGAAUAAAUAGUAAUAGUUGCUCCCAUUUCUGAUUCCAUGAACUGGGCAGGGGUAGGUGGGAGGCGGUUAGCCUUUUCUGUUGUUAGGAGCGGGGAGUUCAGCUGCCUCUCCCUCCCCUGGGUGUGUGGGGUAUAUGUAUGGAGGGGGGAACCAUUCUCAGGCAAUUGGACCCCCCACUGAAUUGGAAUCGCUGUUCUGCACAAGGUCUUCCUGGCUUCUGUGUUAGGGGAGCGUGGGUUUAUUCUGCACCUGUUAUCCAUGCCUAGGAGCUGGAAAUGGAUCCGCUUCUGGUGGUUUGUGGGUGGGAGAGUCCGAGUGGGUGGGUUUUGAGGUGUUCUGACCACACCAGCUGCUGUGAUUUUAGUCCUUAGUGGUGGGAGGGCAGGACCUUUGAAUUCUCUCCCAAAGUCCUUAAGGCCCUUAAUAACAUGUUAAGACUUCUGCUUUACAUCCUUUUGCACAUUUGCACCUGGAGAGAGCUGUGAUUGUGACAUCCCCAGAUACCUGCCUUUUCAUUAGCACCUUGGUUUGUGACAUCUUCCCCACCCACUCCCCAGAGAGCUUUCCUCUUUCCUAAAACUUCUCCCAUACCUUGUAAGUUAUCCUGCCCCUUCCUCAAAACGCCCUUAAUAUUUGCUAUCCUUUUCUAAGCUAGAAAUGGUUCUUGAUUUCUCAUGUCUUCCCUCAACCAGUAAGAAAUUGAAUCCUGCAGCGAUGACCUCUGCUGGGCCGCUAACUCUCAGCUAGUGCCGUGACCUUGAAGCUUGUGGCCUCCUGUGGAAGCGACCAAGAAUUUUGGGUUAUAUCUUGCUGGAAGAUUCGAGUUGGCACCGGUUUGCUUACAGGAACGUUGUGCUGGAGCUGAGGGAAACAUGGAGUUUGCUGAGCUCAUCAAGACGCCACGGGCCGACAACGUGGUCCUUCACCGCCCUUUCUACCCGGCCGUGGAGGGGACGCUGUGCUUGACAGGCCAUCACCUCAUCUUCUCCUCGCGGCGGCAAGACAAUGUUGAGGAACUGUGGCUUCUCCAUUCCAACAUUGAUUCCAUUGAAAAACGGUGAGGGAGCUUUUAUCUUUGCGUUGCAGGCAGUUAACGGAGGAGGAAAAUGAGCUGCGUACUGCAGAAGAAACAUGUAAUUUUCAUUCAACAUUUGAAUGUGUAAGAAAAAAGCAUUUGGAGACAGCAUGGUGGGCAAGGAAAGCACAUAUACACUCAGGUCAUUAUUGUAUGCUUCCCAAAGGCAUCUGGUUGGCCACUGCGAGAACAGGAUGCUGGACUAGAGGGGCCAUUGGCCUGAUCCAGCAGCAAGUUCUUCUUAUGUCCUUAUGAGUUUGUCCCACAAAGCCCUACAUAAACUGCCCCCAAGUGACCUGAAAGACUGCCCCCAAGUGACCCCAUUCCAUACUGCCUGACUUUUGAGAGAAGUGAGGUUACAGGGAACCAGACAGAGGGCCUUCUCGGUAGUGGCUCCCGCCCUGUGGAACGCCCUCCCUUCAGAUGUGAAGGAAAUAAGCAGCUAUCUUAUCUUUAAAAGACAUCUGAAGGCAGCCCUGUUUAGGGAAGUUUUUAAUAUUUAAUGCUCUAUUGUUUUUAACAUUCAAUUGGGAGCUGCCCAGAGUGGCUGGGGAAACUCAGCCAGAUGGGCAGGGUAUAAAUAAAUUAUUAUUAAUAUUGUUGUUAUUAUUAUUAUACUUGGGAGAUGCUGUCCUUCUGUCCUGCCAUCAUCUGUAGCCUGUUUGGCUGGAACUCAAGACAAAAAAGGGCCUUCUCAGUGGUUCCUCUCAAGUUCUGGAUCUUCUUAAGAACGUAAGAGCCCCACUGGAUCAGGCUAAAGGCCCAGCUAGUUCAGCACCCUGUUCUCACAGCAGCCAACCUGCAGCUUGCCAACUCCUCAUAGAAUCAGUUUUUUAGGGUUCCUGCAGGCAAUCCUCCUUUUUGCAGGAAUUCUAGGGCUAGACUGUCCUAGGCAGAAGGCUGUCCAGCCACUGCUUAGGGACCUCUAGUGAAGGUGAGCCCAUCAUCUCACUAUCCCAUUUCUGCUCUAUAAUUACCUUCUAUUGGCUCGAUUAUUCAGACAGGUCUUCAGUCUCAUAAGCUGUUUUUUAUGGCCAUUGUAAAGUUUUAUUAAUGUGUUCCAGCCUGCCUUGUUUUUUUCUGGUAGGUAUAUUUUCUUUUUCUGUUGCCUUCAACACUGUUUAUUGGGAUAAUAAUUUUUUACAGAACACUGAAGAAAUGUAUCUAUGUACUCAACACCAUUCGAAGCAACCCAGUUUAAUUAUUCUCCAUUUUACUGAGAGAGGAGGGGUUGCCGGGGCUGACCACCUAAGUGAAUACAUUACUGAGCUGACAUUUAAACAUAGGGAAUGUACAGAUCUUAUUGGACAGCAACAGUGGUUACAUGCCAGUGUCCUGCUAUCCCAUGGAAAUGAACAUGGUUGUAAGCAUGCCUAGUUUUGUGCUGGGUCUUAACCAAGGAUGGAAUCAUAGAAUUAUAGAGGAUCAUCUCAUUUUUGUUGUUGUUUAGUCAUUCAGUCAUGUCCGACUCUUCGUGACCCCAUGGACCAGAGCAUGCCAGGCACUCCUGUCUUCCACUGCCUCCCGCAGCUUGCUCAAACUCAUGCUGGUAGUUUCGAGAACACUGUCCCACCAUCUCAUCCUCUGUUGUCCCCUUCUCCUUAUGCCCUCCAUCUUUCCCAACAUCAGGGUCUUUUCCAGGGAGUCUUCUCUUCUCCUGAGGUGGCCAAAGUCUUGGAGCCUCAGCUUCAGGAUCUGUCCUUCCAGUGAGCACUCAGGGCUGAUUUCCUUAAGAAUGGAGAGGUUUGAUCUUCUUGCAGACCAUGGGACUCUCAAGAGUCUCCUCCAGCACCAUAAUUCAAAAGCAUCAAUUCUUCAGCGAUCAGCUUUCUUUAUGGUCCAGCUCUCACUUCCAUACAUCACUACUGGGAAAACUCAUCUCAUCUAACCCCUAGCAAUACAGGAAUAUGUCCUGUAUGGGGAUCGAACCUGUGACCUUGGCAUUAUCAGAACCAUGCUCGAACCAACUGAGCUAUCCGGCUGAAGGAAAACUGUCUAGUACAGAGUCGGACCACUGGUCCAUCUUGCUCAGUAUUGUGUACAUUGACUGGUGGUGGCUUUCCUGGAUUUUGAAAGGGCAGCCUUUCAGCCCUAUCGAGAUGCCAGGGAUUGAGGCUGGCACAUUCUGUGUGCCAAACAGAUGCACAACCACUGAGCUGCAGCCCUUCUGCGAGAAUGAUUGAUGGCAUGACUUGGCAUGCUUGUAAUAUUUCCCUUAACUGAGUGGGCGGAUGCCCUGCCCUGCCAACGCAUAUGCCUCAGGACUGGAUUUUUUUUCAGUUGUGGUCAGGAAGAACUUUUGCCCUAGUCAGAUUAGCUAAGGAUCGGUUUUAUCCUUUUGACUUUUCCCGCUGGUUAGGAGUGGGGAGCCUGCCUCCCUUCAGAUGUCGUUGGACUCCCAACUCCCAUCUGCCGCAGCCAGCGCGGUCGAUGCUGAGGGAUGAUGGGAAUUGUACUCCUCCAUUGUUGUCGGGAAGGCCACAGGUUCCCCACCUCUGCUACAGUUCAUGAUUCUGGGAAAGACUCAGCCUCUGCCUUUAAACAAGGGAAAGGUCUGCUCAUACUCAGCUGAAUUUUACUUUACGGCUGUCAGUUUUUAUAUUUGCAGCCUGGAAGGCAGGACUCUGGGGAUUAAUCGCCAUAUCUAAACUGAUGGGUCAGACGACAAGGUGCAUCUAGUUCAGCAACUUGCUUCCUGGAGCAGCCAGCCAAAUUCCCACAGGGAGCCCACAAGUAGGGCUUGAAGGCAGUGGGCCUGUCUAUUUGCAUUGCUCCACUCCUUAUUUCGUGGUAUACUGUCCCUGAGCAUGGAGGCUCUGCUUAGCUCCCUUAACUUGUAGGCACAAGGAGACCUAAUUGACCUCCAUGAAUGUGCUUGAUCUUUCUUUCAAAUGCCCUUUCCCUAAGGCUCAUGGGCACAUUUGGAUUUUUAAGUGAGCGCCUUUGGGUUUUUAAGUGGGUGCCUUCGGCACAUACUUCUGGUAGCUUAAUUCUUCCCCUGCCUCAGAUUAAUUCCCACCCCCAAAUGAGAGACAGACAGAAUGUGUGUGUGGACACACUUCGCUUUCCAAGGGAUCUGGAUAAAAGUCGGAUCAAGUAGAAUUAAUCUGAGCCUUGAGAAGCACAUAAGAGGAAGUGGGGAAGAGCGUCAAUCUUCCAACUUCCUAGUUCAACUGUAGGGACUUUCCACAGGAGGCAGGGGUGACCACCCCUCACCAUCUCAUGGCCAAGAGGGGCGGCAAGUGGCAGUGCCGGGGGGAGGUCAGAGGCUUUGUGGGCAUCAGGAGAAGCCUGCAAGGGGUAUCAUUGCACCCACAGGCACCACAUUAGCAACCCCUGCCGUAAGGUAAUUUUGCAGAAGAAAUACCUUCCUUUUGUUUGUCCUGAGCCCACUGCUACCCAGAAUGAGACUGUAAGCUAGAUGCGGGUGGGUGGGACCAUACUUUGGGAAAGGCAUUGAAGUUUAUACAGUUUGGGUCCCUCCUCUUCCUUUGUCUCCAUGACUUCUCCCCUGCCGUUUUCAAAAUCCCAAGCGAGCAAGAGGCAAUUUGCUUGCAAGGGCUCAGUGUUGCUUUUCUCCCGGUAGCCUGGUAGAGAGAGACGAACUGCAAUCUGCGGAGCCUUCAUUUUUGUUCUCGCAUCCUACUCUUUGGCACGCGUUCCUUUCUUCCGAACUAAAGAGCAGCAAGCAGUUUGGAACAGUGUUGAAAUGGGACAAUUAACCUGCUUUACCCUCCUGCCAGGCUCUUUUGCAAUUUCCUUGAAUGCGAGUAAAUGGGGAACUGGCGCAGCAGAGCUUCUCCUUGUAAGGGCAGCAGUGGCUGCUUGAUCUAUUUAAAAAUAUUACCAGGGCUGUUUGGCAGUUCACAGGAUUACUUGGAAGGGCGUUAACGUCCCAUAGUGGUUGGCUAGUCACUUCUAUAGGGUUGUGUGGCCUUGCCAAAGGUGGGGAGGGGCAGUAGCUCAGGGAGUAGCGCAUCUGCUCUGCAUUCAGAAGGUUUAAUCCAGGCAUAGGGAAACUCGGCCCUCCAGAUGAUUUGGAACUACAACUCCCAUCAUCCCUGACCACUGGUCCUGUUAGCUAAGGAUGAUGGGAGCUGUAGUCCCAAAACAUCUGGAGGGCCGAGUUUGCCUGUGCCUGGUUUAAUCCCCAGCAUCUCCACUUUGGGUUGGGAAAUGAUCUCCAUCUGAGACCCUGGAGAGCUGAUGCUGGUCAGAGUAGACCACACUGACCAAUGGCCUGACUCUGGAUAAGGCAGCUUCCUGUGUCCCUUAUACAGAGGCUGCAUCCACAUUGUACAUUUAAAAUGCCGCACUUCCACUUUAUAAACAGUCACGGCUUCCCCCAAAGAACUCGGAGCUGUAGUUUGUUCAGGUUGCCGAGAGUUGUUCAGGGACCCCUUUAUCCCCCUCACAGUUACAUUCCCAGCGUUUCCUGGAAAGAGGGAUUCCCACUGUGGCAAUUGUAGUACUGGGAGGGGAGCAGCGUGUUGUGCGGAUGUGGCCUGGGUUUGAACUCUACGUAUUUCCCUAGAAAAGGUUUGAAAAAGAACAUUCUGUAUGUGCCACUCGUUGCGUUUCCGUCUCACGCCUCCCCAAAGACAACACUUUUCAGUAAAUCAAAAUGCAUGCUGUAAAAGUCACAAGGUAACUGGAAUACACCUCCCAUGGGCCCCUGUGGAAGAGCAUUCCUGCUGAGAUACGACAGGCGCUCGCUGUCUGAACCUUCUGGAAACCACUGAAGACAUAUUUGUUCCAAUAGGCAUUCCCAGCUGGAUAACCAGGUCCCUGGUUAAUCUCAGGGUUGUAGGUUUGAGGGUUGUAGGACUCUUAAUCUCAGGGUUGUAGGAUUGAGCCCCACGUUGGGCAAAAAGAUUCAAUUAGACCACAAGACUCAGGGUUGUAGGUUUGAGCCCCACGUUGGAAAAAAAGAUUCCUGCCUUACUGGGGGUUGGACUAGAUGACCCUCGUGGUCCCUUCCAAUUCUGCUCCCCUCCCCCCAAAAUGUUCAGAUGUCACUUUGUGUACCUGUCUUAGUUGCCUCGGGGUAAAUAACUGGAAAGAGGUAGACGACAAACACCCUUCCUGUUAUCCAAGUUUGGCUAGAAGGUCAGUAAAACUUGGGUUUUGUAGUACUAACACAUGUUCAGCAGGAAAGAAACAAAAAACUGCCAGUGUAAACACAACACUCCCUUGUUAUCAGGUUUCCUCCCUGAUAAGAUGCCUGAAGCAACAGAGAGAGGCUCAGCUGUUUGCAGGAAGGGAGAAAGCUGCCUUUUACUGAAUUGAACCAUUGGCCCAUUUAGCUCAAUAUUGUCCACACUGGCUGGCAGCAGCUCUCCAGGGUCUCAGGAAGGCUUUACGUGGAGAUACCCAGGACCUUCUUCAUAUAAGGCAGAUGACACUGAGCAGCGUCCUCCUGGGUGGGGAAACUGUUUCCUAUUGAAGCAUGCGUGCUACAUGCAGUAUAGGGUCAAAAGUUUUAAGAAUCCUUGCAUUAGACCAAAGGAUUGUUUAGACCUGACAGUGCAUAAUGUAACCCGCAAAUCCCUGGCUGACCUCAUCCACUCCUGCUAAUUUGGUGCAUCUGCGCCAAUGACUUAGCAGUCCCUCGCCAUGGAAACCCUGAUCUUUUAUGUCUGGCCCUGCAUGUCUGACUCUCCCUAAUCCUUGCUGGUUGCUUGAUUGAGCUUAACCUGAUCACAACUGUGAUCCGCUUUCCUCUUUUUAAGCCCACUUCACUUUCUCUGUUUCUAAUGCUUCAAACUGAUGGGAUCGGAGUCCCCCUCAUUCCAGUUUUCCGUAUGAGCAAGGGCUCUUCUGUGCAGGUCCUGCAGAGUCCUGUGUCAUUGCAGUCUCUCUCCUUUCUGCACCACCGUCAAAUUAUAAUACCAAGCUCCUAGCCCUCAUGGUUUGGGAGGGAAAUCUAUGUCUUAGGUAAGUGAAGGAACCAAAGAGACCCGCGGGCAGGCUCUGCAGAGGCGAAGGAUGGAGCUUCAUAUUUAUUUAUUUGCAUACCACUUAAUUGUAAAAACCUCUAAGCAGGUUACAGAAUGUUUAAUGUUUUGGACAGUGGUGGGUGGAAUACUUGCAGGAGCAAACCAGCAGGUGUGGGAAAAGCUGAGCACCCCCCUUCCCACUUGACAAUUCUCCUUUACGAAUCACAUCCCACCCCUUGCUAAGAUCACUUGCAGUUCUGUUCUUACCAUUUUUCAAACCAGCUACUUCUGCGCAUUAAAUGAAGGGUUUGGUAGCAGCUACAUUGUGAUGGGUUAUAAUCUCUUGUCGGUUGCGCUGCUUGCUCUUGAAUGCAGCGGGUUCUCUGUAAGCGGCUGCCUUUGCAGGCUUGUAGAGCAUCCCUGCAGAGCAUCCUUGCAUCCUCCUCUUAAACGCACCUGCCUUUUGUGUUGCUGCAGUUUUGUUGGCACCAUCGGCACCAUCAUCAUCAAAUGCAAAGACCUGCGGAUUAUCCAGCUUGACAUCCCUGGCAUGGAGGAGUCUUUGAACAUAGCUGGCUCCAUUGAGGUAAGCGGAUCCCUAGAAGUUGAGAGAAAAUGGCAAAAACCUGACCCGGUUUUUCAGGGGUCCUCAUUAGAAGCUAGGGUGGUGCUCAGUUCCACAAGAGCAGUGGGAUUUUUUUUUUUUUUUUAUGAUCGUUCAACCUUUGAGAAUCAAGAAAUAAAAGCGCAAGGAUGUGUGUGUAAAAAUAGCAUAUAUCUGAGGAGUUGGGAGAUGUUCUGUUUGCUUCUUAGAACGCAGGGAUCAUCUCAUUCCAUAUUCACAGAUAUAGUACCCCAUCUCGAAGAGUAGCGCUGAUGGGCCGAAACCUAACUCUUACCUGCAGCCUUAGUCAUUGGCUAAGCUGCUGUGAUGUCAUGGAAUGUUUGCAAACUUUCCUCCUAUCUACUAAGGGGAAAGCUGUCAUCAGUGGAAUGUUGAUAAACGGCGUACCAUCAGGAAGGCAAGAGGAAAAGUCAGUCUGGCUGGGCAAAGAAAUUCAAGUGCAGACCAGUGGAAGGAGAAGGAGGAGGGCUUCAUAAGUGUUCAGGACAUAACACACCUCCCUUAAUCCCCAUUAUUCAGACUGGGCUGCUCUAAGGUGCAGCUUCAUUCUCUGUGCACCUCCUACUCAUAAUGGCUGCACCACUCCCAGCUACUACAUUUCUCUGUGACACGCUGAAUGCAGAAUAUUGUAAGGCGACGUGGUGUCCAGAACUAGGAUAUGGUAGGCACUUCUAGUAACCAAGCAAAAGAAAAGUGGCAAAGGGCAGACCUGUUCUUUCCUAUACCCUGUGCACCAUGUACUGGGAUAGCCUGCAUGUAGCCAGUUCCAUCAGGCCUCCCAUCCCCGCAGCCAUUCCAGCAGAUUGCCUUAGGGGGAGAGAUGGGAAGCCGAGCUUACCCCUUUGCCAAAAGCCCAGCUUCGCUGUGCAGCUCCUUCCCCUAGUCAUUAUAAGAACAACUGUUUAGAAAUUGAUGCCCGAGUUUUGAUUCUGGUUUUCCUCUUCCCUCCUUGGCCCUUUCCCCUUGUGUGCCGUGCUUUUUCUCUGCUUGUAAGCCGACGUGGGUUAAACCAUAGAGCCUAGGGCUUGCUGAUCAGAAGGUCUGCAGUUCAGAUCCCCGCGACAGGGUGAGCUCCCGUUGCUCAGUCCCAGCUCCUGCCAACCUAGCAGUUCAAAAGCAUGUCAAAGUGCAAGUAGAUAAAUAGGUACUGCUCCAGCGGGAAGGUAAACGGCGUUUCCGUGCGCUGCUCUGGUUCGCCAGAAGCGGCUUAGUCAUGCUGGCCACAUGACCCGGAAGCUGUAUGCCGGCUCUCUCGGCCAAUAAAGUGAGAUGAGCGCUGUAACCCCAGAGUCAACCAUAACUGGACCUAAUGGUCAGGGGUCCCUCUGCCUUUAAGCCGACACCCACCUGUCUUGUUUUAUGUGAUUGUAUGUGUCUGGGAGCCUUUUUGGCCGAAGAGCGUCAUACAGAUGCUUUAAAUAAAUAAUAAACAGAGGCUGCGGAAGCACAAAAUGCUUCUAAGGGGCCGAGACCCACUGAACCUUCAGGAUCGUUCGAUAAAAUUAUGUCUCUGCAUGUCUGCGUUUUCCGUCCCGCAGGCACUGUCCACCUUGGAUUCCAUCACCCUGAUGUAUCCUUUCUUUUACCGGCCCAUGUUUGAAGUCAUCGAGGAUGGCUGGCACUCCUUCUUGCCGGAACGGGAAUUUGAGCUGCUCGGUUCAGUUGUAAGUCCCUGUUCAUGGAGCAAUGCCUCUCCUGCUGCGCUCAGGGAGAGCGAACUUGCAUAAAAUGGGAACUUGUAGUGGGGAUGGGGAGGGGACAUGGUUCUCCACGGAAUGAGCAGUACCAUUUGGAGGGGAAAUCACUUCCAACCAACCCUGGGGAAGACCAUUCAGCUCAUGAGGUGCAGAGUGAAAACCCCUCCCCUUCUCCCCUUCUGGCACAGUGUGUUUUUUUUGCAGCCUUGUAAGACUUCUCACGCCCUCAGGCUGGAAAAGCUUCCCCAGCCCUGGAUUAAAUAAAUACAGCUUGUGUUUGGCGUUGACCUCUGCACUUGCGGGAUUGCAGAAUCUGCCAGUCUCCUCCCUGCCCGUGUGUGUCUGAUUUUACACACCAGCUUUGUUUAAAGCUCCGUAAAGUGGCUGCCUUGUAGGGUGCUAAAUAAUGUAGCAGCGCUGAGAGGCGGGGAAGGCCAAUCGACAAGAUGUCUCUUGAAGAGGCAGCUAAGUGGGUGGGUAUGUGGCACGAUUAGGAGGAAAAAUGAGUCAGGAAAACCGGGUUGCAAAGAGGCUGCUCUUAGCCGGCUGAGCAUCCUUGGGGACUUUUGUCUGCUCCUGAAAUCUGAUGGCUUAAAGCCACAGUAGUUCACUAUUAUUUCUGAUCCCCCCCACCUCUGGAAAUCCCAUUACAUUACCUUCACCCUUAGUUAACCAUGAUUUUUCUCCCCUCCAGACAAACGAAUGGCGGUUGAGCUACAUCAACAAAGAUUUCUCCGUCUGCCCCUCUUACCCUCCAAUUGUCACUGUCCCCAAAUCAAUUGAUGACGAAUCCCUCUGGAAAGUUUCCACCUUCCGCCACGGUGGGCGCUUCCCGGUCCUCAGCUAUUACCACAAGAAAAAUGGGAUGGUGAGUUGGUCGCUGAGAUAUGUCCUGUGCAAGGUAGCAGUUGGGGGAGCUGGGUAUCCUCAGCUUGGAGAAGAGAAGACUGAGAGGUGAUAGGAUGGUCAUCUUCAGAUACCUGAAGGGCUAUUCCAUAGAAGAUAAUAAUAAAAAUAAAAAUAAAUUUUAUUUAUAUCCCUCCCUCCCCAGCCGAAGCCAGGCUCAGAGCGGCUAACAAUAAUAAAAGUAACACAGCAUUUUAAAAUCAAUUCAUUCUAAAAUCAAUUCAAAAUCAAAUUAAUGGCAACCAUUGGGCUAGAGUUCUGUGAGGAUUACCAAAGGAGAGGGUCAGACUGUGCCUUGGCCAAAGGCCUGGUGGAACAGCUGUCUUGCAGGCCCUGCGGAAAAAUGUCAAGUCCCGCAGGGCCCUAGUCUCUUGUGACGGAGCGUUUCACCAGAUCGGAGCCACAGCCAAAAAAGCCCUGGCUCUGAGGCCAGCCUAACCUACCUGUGGCCUGGGACCUCCAAGAUGUUUUUGUUUGAAGACCAUAAGGUCCUCCAUGGAACAUACCAGGAGAGGCGGUCCUGUAGGUACAAGGGUCCUAAGCCGUAUAGGGCUUUAAAGGUUAAAACCAGCACCUUAAAUCUGAUCCUGUACUCCACCUGGAGCCAGUGCAGCUAGUAUAGCAUUGGGUGAAUGUGAUCCCGUGGCGAGGACCCUGUAAGGAGUCUCGCCGCAGCAUUCUGCACCCGCUGGAGUUUCUGAGUCAUUCUCAAGGGCAGCCCCACAUAGAGUGAGUUACAAUAAUCAAAUCUGGAGGUGACCAUUGUGUGGAUCACAGUGGCUAGGUCAGGGCGAGAGAGGUAAGGAGCCAACUGCUUACCUUGGCGGAGAUGAAAAAAUUCCGCCUUUGUUAUAGCUGCAAUCUGCGCCUCCGUGGAAGGCUUGUUUUCUGCCACUCCGGAGGGGAAGACACCUAACCAUUGGAUUCAAGUUACAAGAAAGGAAAUUGCGACUAAACCUUAGGAAGAACUUUCUGACGGUAAGAGCUGUUCGACGGUGGAACAGACUACUUCAGAAGGUGGCAGACUGUCCUUCAUUGGAGGUUUUAAAAGAGGGGGACGGCCAUAAGUUAGUGAUUGUUUAGCUGUGAUACCUGCAUUGCAGGGGUUGGACUAGAAGACCGUUGGGGUUCCCUUUCCAGCUCUACAGUUCUGUGAAGGUGGCUUGUACACUUACCUAGAGCCAACCCAAGUAGAAAGACAGCAGUACAUGUUUAAUUAUUUGUACUCUCCCUGUCCAGUGAGGCAGACCUCUGCAAAGCAGCUUCUUAUGUAUAUUUUGAUUGAUUGAUUUUACCCCACCAAUCUGAUUAGGUUGCCCCGGCCACUCUGUGCAUGUUCCGACAGGGUAUAUGUAGAGUAAAAGCAAUAAAAGCAGAAGCUCAGAAACUUUUUUUAAAAAAGAGCAUGAUGAAUUCAGCCCCAACAAGCCUACCAAUCAGCCUGCACCAAGCUUGGCCCCUCCAGAUAUUUUUGGACUCCAGAUAUUUUGGACUGCAGUUCCCAUCAUCACACCAUGCUGGCUGCGGAUGAUGGGUGUUGUAGUCCAGAACAUUUGGAGGGCAGCAGCUUGGCGUGAGCUGCUGUAAUCAAACAGAAUACAGAGCCUUGCUUGCAAAGCCGUGGUUCUUGCACCCGAUGGACAGUGAGCAGUGCGUUGAGAGGAGAGGAGAUUGGUCUGUCUGAAAAACAGAAAUGUUUCAGCUGAUGGAAUAAUCACCUUGGUUUCUGCUCAGGGGAUGGGGGUGAGUCCAGGUGGAUGAGUUUCAACUUGAAAUGUAGAGUUGUAUCCUGGACCUGCAUAUUCUCAGCUCUUGACCUUGAGGGCAAAUAAUAAUAAUAAUAAUAAUAAUAAUAAUAAUAAUUUAUUAUUUAUACCCCGCCCAUCUGGCUAGGCUUCCCCAGCCACUCUGGGCGGCUUCCAACAAAAUAUUAAAAUACAGUAAUGCAUCAAACAAUAAAAGCUUCCCUAAACAGGGCUGCCUUCUGAUGUCUUCUAAAAGUCUGGUAGUUGUUGUUCUUUUUGACAUCUGAUGGGAGGGCGUUCUACAGGGCGGGCGCCACUACUGAGAAGGCCCUCUGCCUGGUACCCUGUAACUUGGCUUAUCGCAGUGAGGGAACCGCCAGAAGGCCCUCAGAGCUGGACCUCAGUGUCUGGGUUGAACGAUGGGGGUGGAGACGCUCCUUCAGGAAUACAGGACCAAGGCCAUUUAGAGCUUUAAAGGUCAGCACUAACACUUUGAAUUGUGCUCGGAAAUGUACUGUGAGCCAAUGUAGGUCUUUCAGGACCAAUCUUAUAUGGUCUUGGCAGCCGUUCCCAGUCACCAGUCUAGCUGCCGCAUUCUGGAUUAGUUGUAGUUUCCGGGUUACCUUCAAAGGUAGCCCCACAUAGAGCAUAUUGCAGUAGUCCAAGCGGGAGAUAACAUCAUUCCUUUGAAAACUAGUGCAUAGGUUGCACUACAUUUUUGGCAUUUUAACCUAAAAUUGUGCCCUGUGUGUGCAUGCCAACUUUCAUCCCGCUACCUUUGUGUUUAGGGGAGAUGUGGGGGGCGCGUUUGCCAAGCAGAUGGGUUGGCAAGAUAAAUGGAAGUCCUUGCUUUCCCACACCAAGGAUUCCUAACGCCCAUUUUGCCUUUGGGCCGAGCGGACGUUCUUCUUCAAGUGAGGUGUCAGAUCUGUGGGCCGGUGGAAGACUCAGCUGAGGCAUCACCUGCUCACUGGAAACCGUUUGCCCUUCCUAGGUGAUGAUGCGCAGCAGCCAGCCGCUCACGGGUACCAACGGGAGGCGCUGCAAGGAGGACGAGAAGCUGAUUAACGCCACGCUGAGAGCCGGCAAGCGGGGCUACAUCAUUGACACACGCUCUCUGAGCGUCGCUCAGCAAGCCCGGGCCAAAGGGGGAGGCUUUGAGCAGGAAGCCCACUAUCCCCAGUGGCGAAGGAUCCACAAGUCCAUUGAGAGGUGAGUUGAUGACUUUCGUUAAAAAACCCGAAGCUUUUCUUCUGGGAAUGAUUGGAGAUGAGAUUAAAAAAGAGGAUCAUAUAAUGUUUCAAUAUGCAACCGUAGCUGCCAGGAUCUUGUUAGCAAAAAACUGGAAAACUCCAAAUAUCCCGACUGUUAAAGAUUGGCAAAUUAAAUUAUUUGAAUAUAUGGAUUUGGCAAGAAUGACACAGAAUAUCAGACAGCAAAAAGGUACAAAGUUUAUUGAUGACUGGAAUAAAUUUAUAAUGUACAUGGAAUCAAAUUCUAGAGAUAUAAAAAUCACAGUAGGUUUAAUAUAAUCCUUGCGAUGUUUAGAUGAUAUAAAAUGAAAACUGCAGAACAGAAUUACUACUUUACAUAAUCCAAAAUCGAGAUGGAGGGAGUCAACUUUUAUUUGUGUUAACUGAUGUUUGUCUUCUGGUUUGUUUAUAUUUUCUGUUUUGGUUGAUGUCUUUCUUUUUUCUUCUCAUUGGUGUGUUCGGUUUGUUUUUCUUUUUCUUUUUUCUGUUGUUGUUUGGCUUAGAAAAUUAAUAAAAAGAAAUUAAAAAAAAAGAGGUGAGUUGAUGAGUGAGGCAUGGUAUGAAGGACCUCGUGAGGUUGUUGCUAAGCUCUAAGACAGGGAUGGGGAGCCUGUGGCCUCCCAGAUGUUAAACAUAAGAAGAGUCUGCUGAAUCAGGUCAAUGGCUUAUCUAGUUCAAGCAUCCUCCCCUCACAGAUAUCUGUAUCUACUCAGAUAUCUCUUAUGGGAACUUGCCUUCUUGGAAGGCCUGUUGGAACAAAAAUGUCUCUAGUCAUUUCCAGAAAGUGCAGACAGUGGGUGUGUGCUGUAUCUCAACAGGAAUGCUAUUCCACACAGAAAGUCCUGCUCUGAGUUACCACAGAGCUGGCUUCUGAUUUCUUUGGAACUUGCAGGAGACCUGGAGCCCAUUGCAGAAUCACUGCAGGUUAAAGGUAAAGGAUGCCUGGAUGGUUAAGUCCAGUCAAAGGUGACUAUGGGGUUGCGGCGCUCAUCUCGCUUUCAGGCUGAGGGAGCCGGCGUUUGACCACAGAUAGCUUUCCGGGUCAUGUGGCCAGCAGGACUGUACCGCUUCUGGCGCAACGGAACACCAUGACAGAAACCAGAGCGCACGGAAAUGCCAUUUACCUUCCCGCUAUUUACCUAUUUAUCUACUUGCACUGGUGUGCUUUUAAAUUGCUAGGUUGGCAGGAGCUGGGACAGAGCUCACCCCGUCGUGGGGAUUCGAACCACCCACCUUCUGAUCGGCAAGCCCAAGAGGCUCAGUGGUUUAGACACAGCACCACCCGCAUCCCUUAGAACAGGCAUAGGCAAACUUGGUCCUCCAGAUGUUUUGGGACUACAGUUCCCAUCAUCCCUGACCACCGGUCCUGUUAGCUAGGGAUCAUGGGAGUUGUAGUCCUAAAUCAUCUGGAGGGCCGGGUUUGCCUAUGCCUGCCUUUAGAAUCACUGCAUGAGGCUUAAGGAGAUGCAAAGGUGGUGUAUGUGUGCACUCCACUCUGAGCUCUUUGGAGGAAGGCUGGGGUAGCAAAAUUUUAAGGUGGGAUAUUUUACAGUCCAAUGCUUGCACAGGGCCAGUGAACUCAACCAGAGUGGGUUGUCUCUGUGGUCUACCGAGUUCGUAAAGCAGCCUGUGAUGAUAUCGCAAACACAUUUAUUUCUCUGUUCGAGGUAGCUGAGAGUACAAAAUCUGAAAGUUCAGAUCCACUGGGCACCAAAAGAAUCAUGGCAGCAUUCCAUGUGAACCUCCUUCCCAAAGGAUUGCGUCUGAUGUCUCUUAUUUGACUGGCUUCAGAUUUAUUGUAAAUUGACAGGCAGUGUGGUGUCUAGGCAACUUCAGCUGCCUGAUUGCACAUUGCCUGAUUGCACUGUGGUGUGGAAUUGUUUUUUAAAAAAAAACCAGAAACAAAACCCACUUUGUUAGUAUGGCACACUGAGAGCUUGGGCUCUCGUUUUUGCUUAAAUCAAGCUUCCAGUCCUUAGAACCAGAGGAUGGUUUUGCAGGGUUUCAGAUAGUGGUUGAGGGAAGCUCUGCACAAAAUAGAAAGUAACAGGGGCCUCUUCAUUACUGGAUUCCCAUGGCCCCAAGAAAUAUGAAUAUUUUUGCACGGGCUUGAGAAUGACUGGCUUAUGUAAAAAACCCCUCAUACAGUCAAACCUUGGUCCUCGAACAGCUCUAUUUUCAGACAUUUCAGUUCCCGAACGCCGAAAACCCGGAAGUAAUUGCUCCGGUUUUCGAACGUUCCUUGGAACUCGAACGUCCAACACAGCUUUUGCUUGAGUGCAAGAAGCUCUUGCAACCAAUCGGAAGCCACACCUCAGUUGUUGAACAUUUCGGAAGUCGAAUGGUCUUCCGGAACGGAUUACGUUCAACAACCAAGGUUUGACUGUACUAGUUUUGUUUCGGUUGAUUUUGGAAGAGUUAAUCUAGCACUGCAGAUCUGGUUAUUUCUGUAUAUUUUUUGUUUGCAAACACUGCCCUUAGCCUCCAGCAGGAAUUUUUAGAUUCUGAAAAGUUGAUGCCAGGUUCUUCACUUGUGAAGUAAUAAUAUUUCUAAAAGUAUAGAAGAUAAAUUAUUUCUAAAUAAAAUCACAUUUUGUGCAGAGGUGCAGUUUCACUUUUGGAGAAGAUGAGUGAGGGCAUUUUAAAAACCAGUUUUGCAAAUUAAAAACAGGAAGGAAAAAUAUAAAACAAAACUAAUGCAAAAUUAAUAAAAUUCUGGGUGCAUAUAGAAAUUACGCAAUUCUUGGUUUAUAUCUUUUUAAAAAGAUUGCCCAUUCUUAAUUGCAACAUUUUCUUUUCUAUUUAAAGAAAGGAACUAUCCCCGAUAAGUUUCCUCAAGCGUGUGGGUAGAGGGGAGAGAAUUAUCCCCUUUUGUGUUUGGAUUGCUGACAGCCGUCUGGGUUUGGGGUUUUCUUGGUUAUAGUUUUGGGUGAAGCACCUUCGUGGACUCCUCUUUUAAUUGGUUUCAUCCUAGUAAGCGUGUCCAGUAAAGGAGAGCUCCGAAAUCCAUUUCCACUGGAGGAUCCUGUCAGCUUCCUUUUAAAUCCUGCCCCGUAAGCCUUCGUGCCUUACAGUUCAUUGCCCCUGUUUCUUGCUGCUGCAGCUGACAAACCUUGAGUUCACCAACGUUUGCUUCUCUCAGUUAAGAUCCUUCCUGCUCUGCUUUCUUGUCCUCUCCUCCAUCUCCCCCUUCUGCCCUGUGGGCAUCCAAUCAAAGGACAUUAAGUGUCCCAGUUCAUAACCAAUUAAAUGUCCUGUGACCAGUCCCUGGACGCAGGAGAGAGGAGGUGGCUUUAGACCUCCAGGCAGAAGUUACAAACCCGUGCUCAGCCUUGGAACGUGCUGGGUCGACUGGAUGCAGUGGUCUCUGUCUAAACCACAGGCCAUUGGCUUAAGGGGGGGGGAAUGUCACCCACAAAAGCCAAAAUUCUAUGAUUUUUAUUUUUAUUUAUUAAAUCUGUAUACUGCUUUUGUAGAUCUCAGGACGUUGCACAACAUAAAAUUGCAAUAUAAAAAAGACGAGAUGCAUAAUAAAAAUAAGAACAAAAGCAAAGCAGUAAUUCCACACAUCCCCUUCCAAAACACAUUUAAAAGGGCAUCAGACGUCAGUCAGCCAAAGGCCUGGCUGAAUGCGAAUGUUCUUGCCUAGCGCCUAAAGGCGUAUAAGGAAGGCACCAGUUGAACCUCCCUGGGGAGAGCAUUCCACAAACGGAGCCACCGCAGAAAAGGCCCUUUUUGUUUUGCUGAUUUGUAUCAGUUACAUAAAAUGAAGUGUAAUUGCAUGCUUCUGCUUGUAUUUGCGUAAUACAAGCUUCUGCCAGUCUAGGGGAGGUGCCGUGCAUUCUGUCCCUUAUAAAUCCCCCUUAUGCGGAGCCCCUUGAGGACUAGUAGCUGAGAUUGUCAGGUUGAUGAGUCUGCUGCCCAGUCCCCAAUUUGUCUGCAUGUGUGAUGUGAAUGUGAACCUAGCCAAAGCUCAGCCCCACGGAUUGUCACGGUGUUCAUUCUCACUGCCAUGAAAUACUUUCUCGAACGUUCCCUUAUAAAGACCUAAUGGGUCUGCAAAGAGGGUAUCCUAAGCCCAGGCCAUUGCACGUCUUCCUUCCCUGAAAUCCCUCCUUGACCACCCCUUUCUUGUGAAGUCUUUGACCCCCCCAGCCCCAAGUCAACGUUGUUGUUGUUUAGUCGUUUAGUCGUGUCCGACUCUUCGUGACCCCGUGGACCAGAGCAUGCCAGGCACUGCCUCCUGCAGUUUGGUCAAACUCAUGCUGGUAGCUUUGAGAACACUGUCCCACCAUCUCGUCCUCUGCCGUCCCCUUCCCCUUGUGCCCUCCAUCUUUCCCAACAUCAGGGUCCUUUCCAGGGAGUCUUCUCUUCUCACGAGGUGGCCAAAGUAGUGGAGCCUCAGCUUCAUGAUCUGUCUUUCCAGUGAGCACUCAGGGCUGAUUUCCUUCAGAAUGGAGUGGUUUGAUCUUCCUGCAGUCCAUGGGACUCUCAAGAGUCUCCUCCAGCACCAUCAUUCAAAAGCAUCCAUUCUUCUGCGAUCAGCCAUCUUUAUGGUCCAGCUCUCAUUUCCAUACAUCACUACUGGGAAAACCGUAGCUUUAACUAUAUGGACCUUUGCAUCCUCUAGCUAAUAAGAAUAAGUGCACGCAACAAAUAAUUGCAUCUUUGUAGUGCACGCCACACCUCACAUGCCCUCUUCCAAGAUUCUUCCCUUCCCGUUGCUGGGGGGUGUAUUGGGAGGGAAGACCCAUUGCGACCGCCAGGAUCCCAUCUGGUUUGCUGUGUUUCCACGUGGGCGUUGGAGACUGUUGCCCCUUGGAAGUGGUAGGACAGAAGGCAAGGAGACUGGCAGUUGAUGAAGCCAGAGCUGACUAAGACUUGUUGUGUCCCCGUCCUCCACCUCAUCAUCAUCAUCAUCAUCAUUUAUUUAUAUCCUGCCCUCCCCAGCCGAAGCCGGACUCAGAGCAGCUAACAACAGUAAAAAUAACACAGUUUACAUAAAAUCACAAUCAAUUAAUUGAAAUACGUUCUAAAAUCAGUUCAUUCUAAAAUCAAUUCAAAAUCAAAUUAAUGGCAACCAUUGGGCUAGAGUGCUAUGAGGAUUACAGAAGGAGGGGGUCAGACUGCGCCUUGGCCAAAGGCCUGGUGGAACAGCUCUGUCUUGCAGGCCCUGCGGAAAUAUGUCAAGUCCCACACGGCCCUAGUCUCUUGUGACAGAGCAUUCCACCAGAUCGGGGCCACGACCGAAAAAGCCCUGGCUCAGUUCUGCAAAGGCAACACUGAGCCAGGGGAAGAGGAAGCUGCCAGGCAGUUCCACCCUCUUAGACUGGUUGUCAAUAAGAAGGCAGGCUGAGGUUAGUUGGGCAACGCCUCUUUCGUCCUAAUAGACAAGCCACUGAUGUGUAUUAUAUAUGUGCAUUUGCACGCAGAAUCAAAGGUAAGCAUAGUCCCCAGACACAAACAGCAAGGCUGUGCGUCUUGCCAUUCUUUGGCCGAUGCCAUGGCACAAUUCAGUGUUAGCUCCACUUGGGGAUAAGCUGUGGCAUUGCUGUCGUUGUUCUGCACACUGCUAUCCAGCCUGCCUCCAGUUCUUGUCCUGCUUGCUUCCUUUCUGUAAAUUCAGUGCGUAGAUAAGAUGGUAUUGCCUGGAGUUAGUAGACCAGUGACCAAAGCCAGGUAGUAUAGAUCAGGGUGUACUUGGAAAAUGCAGAGUUGCCACAGAGUCAUUCCCUGGGCUCUUUCUGCUCCAUCUGAUGUCAGCCCUGUAGGUCAGAGGGAGCAGGUCUUGAACCAAAGCUGUUUUGCUAUAACAAGGAAGGCCAUAGAUCCCUGGGGCAUUUCAGCCCUCCAGGUACAACCAGAUCCCUCUGCAGGCUCAUUGUGGUCAUUCUUGUUCCUUUACCCGGUACAACAUUCCCCACAGGUACAACAUUCUGCAAGAGAGCCUCAUCAAGCUUGUGGAGGCCUGCAAUGACCAGUCGCACAACAUGGACCGCUGGCUGAGCAAACUGGAGGCUUCCAACUGGCUGACUCACAUCAAGGAGAUCCUGACCACUGCCUGCUUGGCUGCUCAGUGCAUCGACAGGUGGGACCCACCUUCCGGUUAUCUAUUUAUUUCUUUGCAGGUUUACAAGCAGCGUCACUGUCACCAAAGCGGUAUGCAGUAAGAUAAGAUCCAGGAGGUCGCAGGCCCAUUAAACGUAAAAAAACACACGCUUCUACAAUUGCAAAAUUUUUAUUCCGUAAAAUGAUUGGGUCACACUUCGGGGAGAGCGUUUUCAAACAAAAAAGGGCUUCAGUGGUUUCCUGAAUAUCAAAAUGCUAGGUGCUUGUCUAACUUAGGUUUGCAACUGAUUCCAGAAGGCUGGAGAUGCAACACUAAAAGCUCCAUUUCUGGUGCAUACUCUAAAAAUGCACAUGGGGAGCAUGUCGUACGCUUAGCAGUGCCCCGUUUGAGGAGUGCAGUUGCUGGGCAGGGAUGUAUAAGGCGUCCAGUCCUCAGGUCUGAAUUUGUUUGGGGCUUUCGAGAUGAACUGCAGUUUAACGGAAUGAGCCGCUCCAAACAGCUUUGCUUGUUUAGAACCUUAAUAAAGAACAUAAGAAGAGGAUUGCUGCUGGAUCAGAUCAAAGGUCCAUCUAGUCCUCUUAUUGCAUUCAUAGCAGAAUUUUCCAGGAAACUCGCUGGCGGUUACAGCCCCUGUUGUUUUUCUUGAAGAAACUGAUAUCCAGAGGUACGCUGGAAUGUGGAGGCUCUGUCCACCUAUUGUGGCCAACAGCCCUUGAGAAACCAAAACGUCUCCUCAAUAAAUUUGGCUAACAACCAUUGGGGGUUGUUAUUCUGGGGCAGCCGGUAAGAUCUUGCCCACCUCUGGCCUCCAGAAGGUUUCCUGCCAGAGAACAUGGACCUUGGGCUGAAAAAGUGUUCCCGCCCCUGCAAUAUGUUGUCUAUGCAUACGCCAGCUCAGUAUGUUUGCCUCCCUUUCUCAACCUUCCUCUGGCCCUUUCCUAGGGAGGGAGCAUCUGUCCUGGUCCAUGGGACUGAAGGCACAGAUUCGACACUACAGGUGACCUCGCUGGCUCAGAUCAUCCUAGAUCCCAGAUGCAGGACCAUCCGCGGUUUUGAAGCUCUGGUUGAGAGGGAGUGGCUGCAGGUAAGAGCUGACGAAUUGCUAGUUCCUGGGUGCGGUGAGGAGCCCACAGUAAAAAGUACUCUGCUCAGAAACAAGGGCAAAUUCAUGGUGGAGAGGUCUGCCAGUGGCUGUUGGUUGGGACAGCUGAUCAAAUCCGGAUUUGAUUUAGAUCAAAUCGAUUUAAAUCACAGUUUAAAUCACUAGUCAGUAAGACUUGAUUUAAACCAUCUUUUUACAGAAGGACUCAUUCUUGCUGGUAUAAUAUUAAUAUUUACAACCGGAGGAAGGUUUCAUUUUUGGAAUAAUAAAUUUUCAGAGUAGUUUUUACAGUUACAGUCAAAAAUUACUGAUUUGGUUAUACUAUUAGAAAGACAUAGAUAAUUAUGAAAUUAUUGUGAGGUUUAAUAAGUUAACUGUUUACAUUUGGGCAACUUUUCUGCUGUACUUUAUUGGAAGGAGAAGAGUAAUCAUUUCCUUAAUAACAAUUUAAACAAUUUAUUUUACUAAAACAAUAACAUUCUAGCAUAUGUAUCCAUGUUUGUUAACUGAUGGGGUUGAACGAUUUUUUAUUUUUAUUGUUAAAAACUUAGACUGAGUUUUAGCACACAUGAAAAACUUAAAACAAAUCCUUAUUUCCUGAUGGGUAGCCUUUGGACUAUAACGUAACGUAAACAGAAAACUAUAGAAAUCUGAUUUAAAUUUUAAAAAUCUCUGUGUGUGUGUUUAAAUCAUUGAUUUUUAUCCACCCUGAUCCUGAUGCCCCCCCAGGAAAUGGUACCACCCACUUUAGGAACCAUUGCUUCAGAUUAUUUAUGCGAAAGGUAAAAGAUGCAAGUGUCAACACCGAUCCUUUGGGGACUCCACUUUCUGUGCCCAUCCUGCCAAAUGGGAGAAGAGUCCAUUUAUCCCCAUCCUGGGCUUCCUGCUUCUUAACCAGCCCCUGAUCCCGAAGAGUUACUGGCGUUUGAAUUCAACAUGCCACAUUCACCUCCCUCCUGCCCGCUUGGCAGCUUUGCGCUUGACUGUACCCCCUCCGGUGCAUUCGCUCGUGGUGAGAUGUGCUGCGACAUUUCUUGCAAAACAAUCACCGGCUGGAAAACCGUGGCCUGCAUCCCUGCGCUGGCCCUCCUUUCCGAGCAACUGCCGACUCGCGGCAGUCAGCUCGAAGCGCCUCAUUUUUUGCCCCUUGUAACAAAACAUUAAGCGACCCGCACGAGACACAUCCAUGCACGUCUGGGUUGAAGUUUUAAUCUGUCAAAACGGAGGCUUGUAAGGGGAAACGACUCGGAUGCAUAUAAGUGCACGUUUAGCUAGCGAGUGCACGACCUGCUUCAGAAAAUUGAAAAGACGUGUGUGUGAGAGGGGUGGCGGCACAGCAGGGAGCUACUAGUGUGUGGACAGGAAGCGCUAACUGCAGAAGACUGGCAAGAGAAGCCUGACGGCAGGAUCAGAUCAAAGGUUCAGCUAGUCCAACUUCCCAUCGCCACCCAGUGGCCAACCAGAUGCCCUGAUGAAAGCCUGAAUGCAACAGGAAUCUUCACCACUUGGCACUCCUAGUAGUUGGCAUUCAGGGGCAUAUUGCCCCCAACAGAGGAGGCAGAACACAUCCAUUGUGGCUAGUAGCCAUUGUCGACAUGCAGAGGGCCAGGAGGCCAGCUGACAAACCCCAGCUGUACCGUCUCCAUCCAUCGGCCCGUGCUCCAACGUAAAUCAGCAACCCGGACUAUGCACACAGAAUAGGCGUGAGGCUUGUGAAGUCAUACAUUAACUACAGAUUUAUUAAACAUAAAUCAGAACAAAGAAACAUGUCGUCUCUCUCUCUCAUGUUGUCUCAGAGAGAACAGCAAAAGCUAUACACAAACGGAAGUUCCCAGGAAGCUGUGCCGGAAUGUAAACAGAUAUGUGACACGCAACAAUCUCAUGCUAACUACAGAUUUAUUAAACAUAAGUCAGAACAAAGAAACAUGUUGUCUCUCCCUCUCUCAUGUCGUCUCAGAGAGAACAGCAAAAGCAAAACUAUACACAAACGGAAGUUCCCAGCAAGCAGUGCUGGAAUGUGACACGCAACAAUCUCAUGCCUGUUCCUUAAGGUGGAAUGGAAAUGUAACACCUUUUACAUCCAUGAAUUUACCUAAACCUUCUUCCAAAGCCAUCCUAGUUGUUGGCCAUGACUGCAUCAAGUUGGAGCAAUUUCCACUCUUUUAAGUAGCUCCAGCUGUCAGCUGCCUCUGGGAUGUUCACAAAGGGGGGGGGCUAAGAGCCCUUCCUGUUUGAUCCCCAGUAGUUGGUAUUCUGUGGUACACUGGUUCUUGCUCUGGAGGUUCCACUUAGCUGUCACCGUCCCUUUUGAUUUUGAAUAAACCUUACAGGUAUUUCCACUUCUGGGGCAUUUUUCCAUCAAGGGUGAUAUCCAACAAAGUCGCUCUACAAGCAGAAGGACUUCUGGCUGCAGCAUCAAACUCCUCCACUCUUUUCCACACAUGCACCUCUUAAAUCUAUUCUGGUUGUUCACCCAGUUCUGCAGAGCAGAUCUUUGGAGGGUGCAGGGAGAGAGGGAGGAGAAGUUCCAUGAUGGAGGCAGAAAUCCUUGCACUUCUAGCAGAAUGACUGUGGCCACCUUAACGAUCAACCAUCACAUAACCCCUACUGUAUCCUACUGUAACUAAGCCUGCAAUUGAAAUAAAUGCACAUUCUUCCUCCAGUUACUCACGACUCCAUACCUGGCCUCUGUUUGCUCCCCAGACUUAAAUUGUAAGCUCCUUGUGGGCAGGGACCUGACCCAUUACUGUGAUUUGGAAAGUGCCACGCACUUUUCUGCUUAUGCAUAGAAUUUCCUCUCUGCAACCCAGCAAAAAGACAUACUGUAUUUUUUGCUCUAUAAGACUCACUUUUUCCAUCCUAAAAAGUAAAGGAAUAUGUGUGUGCGUCUUAUGGAGCGAAUGCAGGCUGCGCAGCUAUCACAGAAGCCAGAACAGCAAGAGGGAUUGCUGCUUUCACUGCACAGCGAUCCCUCUUGCUGUUCUGGCUUCUGAGAUUAGAAUAUUUUUUUUCUUGUUUUCCUCCUCCAAAAACUAGGUGCGUCUUGUGGUCUGGUACGUCUUAUAGAGCGAAAAAUGCGGUGCUAUACGGUGCCUCUUUCCAUCAGAAUUCUUUGUUUUUUAGGCUUUCCAUGUUACAGAUUUUUAAAAGAACUCUUUCCUAGCUGUACCCUUUGCUCUGCUUAACGAAAGACCCUCUCCCUAUUUAUUUUUUGCCCCUGCAGGCCGGCCACCCAUUCCAGCAGCGCUGUGCCCAGUCUGCCUACUCCAACAGCAAGCAGAAGUGGGAAGCCCCUGUCUUCCUUCUCUUCCUAGACUGCGUCUGGCAGAUCCUCCGCCAGUUCCCUUGCUCCUUCGAGUUCAACUACCACUUCCUGAUCAUGCUCUUCGAGCAUUCGUACGCCUCCCAGUUCGGCACUUUCCUGGGCAACAAUGAAAGCGAAAGGUAGGUGAGCUUUUUGCUUCUGGGGUUCCAUGAGGCAAAGAGAGAGGGCUGUCGGCAUCCUAGACAGUCUCAGUUGCGCUCUGCACCAUGGAUGAGAAAACACGAAGGGAUGUAGGGGUCUAGGCAGUCUCAGUUGCACUGUGCAAUAUGGAUGAGGCGCAUAAUGAGGAAUAUACAAGCCUCUUGGCAGUGGCAUAAAAGGCAAUCAAUCAAUCAAUCAAUCAAUCAAUACAGUGGUACCUCGGGUUACAGACGCUUCAGGUUACAUACGCUUCAGUGAGCCAGUGUGGUGUAGUGGUUUAGAGCGGUGGACUCGUAAUCUGGGGAACCGGGUUGGGUUCCCUUCCCCGCUCCUCCACAUGCAGCUGCUGGGUGACCUUGGGCCAGUCACACUUCUCUGAAGUCUCUCAGCCUCACUCACCUCACAGAGUGUUUGUUGUGGAGGAGGAAGGGAAAAGGAGAUUGUUAGCCACUUUGAGACUCCUUCGGGUAGUGAUAAAGCGGGAUAUCAAAUCCAAACUCCUCCUCCUUCAGGUUACAGACUCCGCUAACCCAGAAAUAGUACCUCGGGUUAAGAACUUUGCUUCAGGAUGAGAACAGAAAUCUCGCAGCGGCGGCACGGAGGCAGCAGGAGGCCCCAUUAGCUAAAGUGGCGCUUCAGGUUAAGAACAGUUUCAGGUUAAGAACGGACCUCCGGAAUGAAUUAAGUUCUUAACCCGAGGUACCACUGUAAUUAUGAUCAUCACUGAUUUAUUAAUCAAUUGCUUACAUCCAGUAAUCUUCCUUUUUUAUUUUUACUGAGCUUCUGAGCUAGUUUAGAGUUUUGCUUUGUAGGAUAUCGGGUGACUAGCAGGUAGUGAACCGCCGAGUGGUAUACAAAUGAAAUAAAUAAUCAUAACAGUAUGUGGGUCUGGAUUUCUGUGCAAAGCCUCCGUAUUUAUAUCUCGGAGGUGACCUUGAAAUGUAUAACAACCCGCUAAUCCACACGCACUUAUGUUUCCCACCACAAGGGGGAAGCCUUGCAUCAUGUUGCUGGGCAGUGUUGCUGAAACAUCGCUUUUAUUUGCACAGAGUAGCAAAGAGGCACAUUUUCUAAAUUUCUACAUUUGCAAAACAGGCUUUACUGGCUUGCUCUUCAUUGGCCCCUGCGAGAGUUCCCUCACACCUGCCUUUGGCUUAUUCAGGAGCACGUGAUCUACUGUUUUCCCUGGGGUCAGUGUUGGUAUCCAGAGUUUGGUGCCCCCUUGAUUCCAUGGGAAUUUAGUCAAAGGCAGCAUGAAGGUCUCUUGUUUCUGCCUUCUCACAUGCCCUGUACAGAGAGUGUGUGUGAGAGAGAGAGAUCCAUCUUCGUCUAGGUUGUUUGCAAAUUUGCAGAGAAAUUAGAGGAAAGAUUUGGCAACAAGCCGGUGACUCCCAUGCUUUCUGAACCCUUAGGCUUGACUUAGUGAAGGGAGUUGAUGUUUUUUAUGCUCAAAAGAGACAUGUGGCUGACGGCUGGUCUCUUUGCCAGGUGUAAGCUCAAGCUGCCCCAGAAGACGAUGUCCCUGUGGUCCUGGGUGAAUCGGCCGGAAGAGCUCAACAGAUUCAAGAACCCCCUCUUUGAGGCCAACAGCCUGGUCAUCUGGCCUUCUGUGGCACCGCAGAGCCUGCAGCUCUGGGAAGGUAGGUCGUUCCCAAGGUGGCUUAGAGAGGUUCUAGUCAGGUACCCGUGCCUUAACAUCAUCACAGAAACAUCUGCCUUUGGUCAUUCCCUAAGUUGGUGAGGCUCAUUUGACAACAGUGAGAAACCGAGUCUUUUGUGUCAUCGGCCCAGUCCUCUGGAACUCUCUGCCACUAGAUAUUCAGCAGGUGCCUUCUGUUCCUGCUUUUAAACACCUGCUUAAAACUCGUCUAUCCUGCCAGGCCUAUGCAGGCAGUUAAUAAUACACAACGGUUCAUUGAUGUCUAUUUUAAGCUUUUUAUGGUUUUAUUGUUCGCUUUUGUUGCUUUAAACUGCUCCAAUAUGUGUGGGUUUUUUAAAUGACACAGUACUAUACAAUUUUUUUUGUAAAUAAAUAAGAUGCCAGCAUGUUGCCCCUGGGCACUAGAUCCCGCAGAGGAUCUCGGGAAGUAUCCUCUCAAAAAUCCACAAUGCGUGAGAAACCAUUUAAUCUUCCUGCCCAGUUCCUGUUUGCACUCACUCAGCCUCUCCUGCAUUGAGCACCCAGUCAACACGGUCACGUUUCAUUGGAUGCCAGGAUUAGAUGCCCACCCAGCCUUCUAUUCCGAACGGUGUAGAGGUGCAAAGCGCUUCUCACUUCAAGGAUUUCCUCCUCUUGGAGUCCCAUUCCCAUACGUUCACCACCAGAGGUCCUGCUCCAUUUCCUUCUCUCAUCACAGGUUUGGCAACAGGGCACAGCAUGUUUCAAUGAUUACGUGGCCUUUCUUUUCUUGGCCUGCGGGAGAAAAGUUGCAUGACCUUUUCACCCUCUGCUAGCGGGAAAACCAGCUGUGCAAAGGGGAUUUUGAGCAGAUAAAAGUGCCUGGGAGGACAUUGUGGUUAGAGUGUUCAGACUAUGACCUGGGAGACCCGAGUUCAAAUCCCCAAUCAGGCAUAAUGUUCGCUGGGUGACCUUGCACCAAUCACUGUCUCUCACCCUUACAGGGUUAUUGUUAAAGGCGAAAUGUGGAUGAAAGAAGAUUUAUAUAUCACCCUUUACACAGGUGGUUUACGAUAAAAACUGGUCAAGAAGAACACAAUUAAAAAGCCACAACCUGUUAAAUCACACACAAAAAUCACUAAAUGCCAUUUGUUAAUAGCAGUAGCAAUCUGGUCUCCUGAAAUAAAAUAAAAUUACUUUCCCAAGUACAGGAAACUGAUCCUACUUUAGUCUCCAACCUUUUUUUUAUUUUUAUUUUUGGUCUUCAUCUUAAAAACUACAGUGGUGCCUCGCAAGACGAAAAGAAUCCGUUCCGCGAGUCUCUUCGUCUUGCGGGUUUUUUCGUCUUGCGAAGCAAGCCCAUUAGUGCUACAGUAUUAGCGGCUUAGCGGGCUUAGUGGAUCAGCUGAUAAGCGGCUUAACGAUCAGCUGAUAAGCGGCUUAACGAUCAGCUGAUAAGCGGCUUAACGAUAAGCUGAUAAGCGGCUUAACGAUCAGCUGAUAAGCGGCUUAGCAUCAGCUGUUAAGCGGCUUAGCCAUCAGCUGAUAAGCGGUUUAGCGGCUUGGGAAAAAGGGGGGGGGGAAGGAAAAAAACCCCGCAGGAACUCGCAAGACAUUUUCGUCUCGCGAAGCAAGCACAUAGGAAAUUCGUUUUGCGAAGCACCUCCAAAACGGAAAACCCUUUCGUCUAGCGGGUUUUCCGUCUUGCGAGGCAUUCGUCUUGCGGGGCACCACUGUACUCCCUUUUGGUCUUCCAGAUUGCUGUUUCUACAUCUUACCUAUUUUUUUGUGUCCUCCAGUUGCUUCCAUUCCCUCACCCCUGUGCCCCAAGACACAGUACAACAUAGCUGUCAACUUUUCCCUUUUCUUGCAAGGAAUACUAUUCGGAAUAAGGGAAUUUCCCUUUAAAAAAGGGAAACGUUGACCGCUAUGCAGUACAAAGACUUAAGUUCACAGUCUAAAGUUUUGGCACGUUACAUUUUGUGUGUUAUUCCAUAUCUCUCAAUUGUCUGAAGGGGAAAAAAAAUCUCUCCCACACCAGGUGUCUUCCUCCGCUGGAACCGGUCGUCCAAAUUCCUGGAUGAAUCCUACGAAGAAAUGAUCAACAUCAUCAAGUACAAUAAGGAGCUGCAGGUGAAAGUCAACCUGCUGAGGCGGCAGCUGGCCGAGCUGGAGACGGACGACACCACGCAGGAAGACUGGGUGCCGGAGAGCCCCUGAGGCUGCGCCAGGCUCCCUGCCGCGGGCCAGAUUGUCCCCCUUUCUCUGUCGGGCAAGUCGCCCCCACACACUAUAAAGCACUAAACCCUCCAAGACUUGCAUGCGCUCGAGCUCCUUUCUGGUGCAGUCGAGUCGAACAUUCCUCCCCCUCCACACACCCUCCGAUGUCUUUAUUAUUAUUAUUAUUAUUAUUAUUAUUAUUAUUACAUCUCAGUUCCUCACUUGACACUGUUUUCUCCCCCUCUCUCACCUCCCCCUUAUGUUUGGAAUGGCGACAUUUCUCUUUUGUUUACAGGAGAAGACUCUUGAUUUAAUUCAGCUGACUGUCCUCUCGCAGCAGCUCUUGCCACCUCUAAUAAAUGGUGUGUACAGUUCCAGUGUCAGCGCUAGCCGCUCCCAAACCUCAUCCCCCUGUGGCAUUCAGCAGGGGGUGCCUUUGGGUCUUUUGACUUGAGAGAGGUUUCAUUCAUUCAGGACUUGGCGGGCGUCUUGCGCUCUUUGCCUGGCCUGAGAAAGGCUGUCUUGAUGACGCGUCUAUCCUGCUUCUCCCAAACGCAUGGGUUUUGAUUUUUGAUUUUGUUCCUGGGCUAGACAGCUUGCUUCAGCUUAAUCCCAAAUCCAAAUAGCAUCUUUCCGUGCUUGGCAUUGAGGCACACAGACGGUAAACGUGGAGAGGAUCUCUCGCAAAAGGCAGGGACUCCUUUCCACCACUUUCCUUGGGUGCCUCUUACACCAUCCUGACAUCUUAGUUUGGAUAGCUGAAUGGGCACAAGAUAAAAUGUAUGGUAGAGCCCUUUAAGGAGCGUACCACUUCACGCUAUGGGGGAGGGGGUGUUGUUGGAAGGUUGCCCAUUGUGUUUGCGGGAGAAUUUGUUCUUAAGCCUGCAUGUGGAAAGUGAGAAUGGCUUGCCAGCUUUGCAUAAACGCAUGAGCGGAGAAGACCAAAGACCCACCUAGUCCAGCAUCCCAUUUUCUCACAGUCUGAUGCCUCCGGGAAGCCCCCAAGUAGGAGGUGGGUCCAACGGCCCUUCCUGCUGUUCUCCCAAAGCGAGUGACAUUCAGAAUCCUUCUUGCUGGCCUCCCACAGGCACCUGGGUGGCCACUGAGAACAGGAUGUGGGACUAGAUGGGCCAUUGGCCUGGUCCAGCAGGCACUUGCAGGAUAGGUGCUAAGCAAAUCAUUCCUCGAGUGCAGCUUUGGAUUUCGGCUUACGUUGCAGAACUCUCCUGCAUGCCCCCCUGAAUCUUUCCCAGGGGUUCCCCCAAGCCUUGGGAUCCGAAUUAGGGAGGUCACAGGGAGGGCAGUUCCUAUUGCGCAAGCAGGAAACUUUGCUCCGAAGGGACAAGGCAGCUGAACAAACCCCAGAGAACGUUUCUGCUGCGGAGGAAACAUCCAAACUGAUGGUCCUCUCGCUUGCUCCCAGGAGCAGCACGUUGUACUCUGUGCUGACCUACCUGCCUCAAACCAGCCUCCACCAACCUGGGGCCCUCCGGAUGUUUUAGACUCCCAUCAUACCCCCAAGGAAUUGUAGUUCUGGAGGGCGCACCAGGUUUGUGAAUGCUGGUGAGGCUCUCGGCUCUGAGGAUCAGCAGGCGUCCCAUGUAGGAAGAAGCAUGCCAAAACCAUGGCUCCAUAAUCUCCCAAACGUGAUUGUUGCAUAUGUUCUUUAAUAGGAAGAAAACGGAGGUUAAGCCUUGAUGGCAAGUCUGCUUCGCAAAGCCUUAUCCUAAUGCCAUGAAAUCUUAAGACUUGCUCUGUGGGCGAUGAAGCCCAGGAUUUAAAAGCUUCCAAGUGGAGUAAUGGAAUUCCAGCCCACCCAACUGAACAGGGAAGCCCCUGUGUUUGCUGUCUGGGAUAGAUUCCGAAUAUCUGCUAGGCUUGCCGUUCCCAGCUGGUCGUCUGUAUUCAGCUUAGCUCGCACGUGCAGUCAGUUUGGUGUGGGUUGAGCUCUCUUCUCUGAUCCUGUGGAUCUAAGGCCUGCUCAUGGAAUCAGGAUCUCCAGAUAACCAUCUCCUCUGCUGUGUGUGUCUUUGCACCUGCUCAUCCUUUGGCAAUGGGUGACUAACACUUGGUGUGGCCGCUGCCGUCGCGUCUUAUUGUGGAACCUCGAGUGAGUCAAAGCCUUUUGGAGAACAUUGCUGUGCUUUUUGGCUGUGCGGUUUGAAUAUAUAUAUAUUAUAGCUCCUCCUGUGGCUUAAAAUCUUUGCCACCCUUUUCAGGUGGCUGUGGCCUAGAUGCUUUUUUCUCACUACCAUCUAUACAGCUGUUUUUCCUCCUAGUAUUGAAAUGCUUUUACGGCCUGCUUCCACUCCACUUCCUGCAGACUCCCGAUCUCUUAACCCUCUCCUACGGCCCCUCCUCAUCUGAAGCGGUGUGAAAUUCCUCAAUUCCCCUCUCUGGAUAGUUGCCUCCUCUUGCAAUGGGUCCCAGCCAAACUGACAGCUCUCUCUUCCCUCACAGAACCAGGACACCAAAGGUUUGCUGGGCAGCUGAACACGUCGCUGCAUCAGCUCGGCCACUUGCUGUCAGGGCUUCCCUCCCACCCCAACAGAUGCAAAAGAUGAUUGGAUCUGACACGAGGCGCUUUUGCAAAACCGGUGGUUCACUGCAAACCAAUAUUUUUAGGGUGCUGAAAUACAGGUUCCACUGUCGCUUACUGAGCUUGGCAAAGGGCUUCCUGGAGAGGUUACAAGUUGUUCCUCUUUAGAACUUGCCGCUGCCCGGGAGGGCGGGUAUUCUAAAUCUGGAAUAGGCAAUCAAUGGUUGUUACCUGACUUGCAUAUCUCCCCCAUUCUGUCUCUUGGGGAUGGGGAGGAAUCCCUGCACUUAGGGACAGUGUCAUUGCCGUUCCCAGUAGCACACAUUUCUGUCCCUCUUGGAGCGGGGAAGCACAUCCUGGGCUAACCAGCUACAGCCCCUCUCGGUGCUUGCAAUGAACACUCCACCCCAGGUCUUUUGGCAUGGACAGAGCGCUGGGCGGAGAGGCAGGGAUUUCUCUUAUUUGGGUCGGUGCAAGGAGAAGGCAGUCCUACCUUCCCCCAAGCCGCAGGGGGGAGCUUCGGGCUGCUGGGCACCUUCCAAGUCUUUGCCAAGUAGGUCUGUAGACACCUUCCCUUGGCUUUGCAUCACAUUGCAGUGUAAAAGGGACACAGCUGGUUGAAAAUGCGCCGUGUUAGUGGUUUGCUUCCUCCUCGGGCGUUUCCAGGGGAAAGAGUAAAAUCUCAGGGUAAAAGGAGUGUAUUUGAGUGCAUUUGCUGUUAAUUCAGCUUGUGUUCUCUUCUGUUAGAUCCCCCCCCCCAAGGAUGGGGGUCCUGUCACUUUCCAGGGGGACUCCCCAAGCCCCAUUAGCCCUAGCCAGCAUGUCCAGUGGUCAGGGGUGAAGGGAGCUGUAUCCCAACAACCUUUUGAGGGCCAUAGGCUCCUUGCCCCUGCCCUAGUUGCAUCCUAGCUCUGUCCCCACUCUGCUUCAGCCCUGAUCUAUGGGGCAUCAUCUUUAUGCUCCCAGUCUCUUUCAAUUUUGGGCAAUAAACUGGAGGAGAAUUGGAAGCCCUUCUAAACACAGGUUUCUCUUCAGAUCGUAUAAAUCUUUCGCCUUUUACUUAUAGACACAGUUCAGUUUCUGGAGGCCUAAGAAAGAUCAAACCUAAUUCCAGAACUGGUUUCAGUUUCAGUCCCUUCUCUGAUUUGCCUGGCUUUGAAAUACUUCUUCUUCUUCUUCUUCUCCUCCUUCUUCUUCUUCUUCUUCUUCUUCGUGCUUAUUCUUAAAGGAUUUUUUAAAAGCUCGUUCAUAAUCUUUGAAGGCUGGCACUGUGUGGUUCUUAAUCUCGAUUGCACUGUUUGAAAACAGCUAAUCUUUUGGUGCUUUUAAUUUUUUUAAGUAUCUGGUUAAAGGGAGUUGUACAUACAGUCUGUAAUAUUAUUAUUAUUAUUUUAUUUUUAUUAUUUCAUGUUGUUUGCUUGGUUUUGAAACUGGUGAAUGUUGCCAGCCGAAGCAUUAAUCAUGUUGAUUCCAGUUGUUAGAAGCCCGUGUGAGUUUCAUUGGGGCAAAGGAUCUUGGGAUUGCCCGGGACUCCCCUGAAGGCAUUUUUUCCAAGUGCAUUACUACACUACAAAGAAUUCUGGGAAUUGUAGUCCUGGGAGAUGGUUGGGAAUUCUUCCAGAUGUAUUCCAAAAAGCCUUCACAGCAUCACAGUUCCUAAUGAUUGGACCUGUCAUAAAUCCCCUCUCCCAUUUUUAUUUUUCUGUAUAUAUGCAUAGGUGUUGGUUAAAAAUUGGCGUGAGGACACCAAAAUCUGCUUGGCUACUUGUUUUUGGAAGUGAUUAUUUCUCACCCAGCUAAAGCAGUAAAACUGCAUUUUCUUUCUUUCUUUUUUUGAUGCUGUUGCAACGGGUGACAUGAAAUUAUGCUACUGAUAAUUUUCCCCCUCAAAUUCACUACUGUACCAAGAAUGAUAUUCAGCUACAUUUGCUCAGAGUAGGCCCACUGAAAUGAAUGAGCACGGCCAAAUUAAGACCAUUAAUUCCAAUAGGUCUGCUCUUGAGUAAAGCUUAGCCUAAUACCACCCCAAAUCUUCAGCCUAUUUCUGAUGGAUGAUAUGAGUUAUGGGCUCAGUGAGUUACUGUGAAAACAGAGAAAAGCUAUUUUUGAGUAGUCGAAUUCCUAACUGUCUAGCUGUACAUCUCCCUCCUUGAAUGCUUGUUUCUGAAGAAAUUGGUGAGCUUGCUGUGAUUGAUAGGUGUCAGAUUCUCGUCAUGUUGCAGAUGUGUUCCUGUUCCGAUUUCCACUUUGUCAAGUCCCCCUCUUUAAAUGUUUUGAAGUUAUGGCUUCAUCCUGGCAUUCAAGAAGACUCCACUACCUUGAUUUUUGAAAUUAGCACACGUUUAGGAAACAACUCGUUCUCUUGUGGGAUCAAUCCAUAUUCUUCUACCACGUGGUUCUCUGAAUCUCUGCUGUUCCACAGUAAGAGGCCCGGGUAGCUGCUUACUUUUCAAGUACUUGGCAUUGUGAUGUGCCCUUGCAGGACAUAUAACCUGCCACCAUAAUUAAUGUGCUUAGCAGAAAUUCUCAAGAGCUUUAAAUUUGGCCCACAUUGCUUUGCUAUGGUUGUAUCAGCUGGAUACAUCCCUGCUGGUGUGGCUAACACUUGAAAUUGUGUGAGGUUGCACAAGCGCCCAGACCCGAACGUUGAUGGAGAACUCACCAAAAUUCACUGCGUCGCCAACUGUACUUUGCCAGAGGAAGAUCAGGAUAGCAGAGGAGGGAGGCAAGGUCUCACAUUGGGUUCCUGGGACCAGGGAAGAAGGAAAGACUUGGGCAGUGAUGGAGCCAAGCACUUCUUUCACUUGUGUCCAUGGAUGAUACGAGUUAUGGGCUCAGUGAGUUACUGUGAAAACAGAGAAAAGGGAUGCCUGCUGAAAGCUUUGCUUGAGGCUUCCCAAACUCCUGGUGCCAGUCCUCUUCUUAAAUUUGGGAGCUUGUGCAACCUUCAAAACGCAAAGCCUUUUAAGUAAUCCUAGUCGCCAGAGCAUGAGCCAGGUGGAAACCUAUAGCUACCCCUGCUACCCAUACCUCCAGCCAAUAUCUCCCGUAUCUUAAUUAUUCUGUUGGAUGCUCUUGAGAAAGGUAGAAUGUAGGAAGCCGUGGUCGAUCUUCCAAAGGGAAACACUUUUGUCGUAGAUUGUUUGCAUCGAACGCUGAACAUUUCUGAUUGUACCCAAGCUUUACUGUUUCCCGUGCAGCUUGGGGUGCCUGGAUAUAGUGACCCUGCCCUUCAGCCGCACAUAGGACAGCCUCACAAGUGUGUACACAGUUUGCCAAAAAUGACUUGAUUUUGCACGUACAGUAGUGGGCAUUGCACCUUUUACAGGGAGGGCUGCAGUUUGAUUGUAUUUGGGACUGAGCGUUUUCUUGAAUGUGGCAAUCUUGUUUUCAAGUGCACUACUGUCUAUUGUCUCCUCCAUCUCUGAUAUUUAAUGUCAUAUUGGCGCCUUGAUGCUUUCUUGCAAAAGAAAAAAAGAAAAAGCAGAGCUUUUCUUUAUAAAGCAGGAAAACUCCAGUAUAUUAGCCGAUCUUUGUGCAGCGGAGUAGAACCAUUGUAGCCUACUGUACCACUCCAUGUCUGUUAACGAUUUACAAACUAAGUUGUAACUGCAUCUCAGUCCUAAAUGUGGGCCUUCUGCUGCUUCCGAGUUUUCGUUUUUCAAGCAAACCAAACCUGGGAGCAUCUGGGGGAAAUCGUGCGCUCGCAUGCUGGAGAAUGUUUGCCGUUUUCUGUACAGAAUCUGGAAACGCUGCUACACGGCCUUUUGUCAGAGAGGGGAAUAAAUUUUAAAAAGAGAGUGGGGAAGGGUUUGAAGUUUAUUCGUCUGUUUUAGGAAAGCUGCAGUGGAAAAAUAGCUAUCAACUUUGCUUUUAGAUUUGUGGGUGUAGCGUAAAUGAUCUCAAUUAAAAUAUUUAAAGACUUUUUUUGCU